AUGCGUUCCUCUAUUCAUCGUGGCCUGCUGCUAGCCAGCCUCACAGCACCUGUUGUGUCUGCUGAGCGAGUACUGGGUGCUUAUAUUUAUGCUCGUCAUGGUGACAGGACGGCGAAGAUUCUUGGCAAUACUCAACUGACUGACCUGGGUUACUAUGAGGUCUUCGCUGCUGGUUCCGUGUAUCAUGACCUCUAUGUCGACUCAAGCUCCGAUAAGCAGAUUGAGGGCAUCAGCGAUCCUAUUGUGAGCGCGAAGCAGGUCAAUGCUAGUGCUCCCUCGGACGCAGUGCUGCAGAACUCGGCCACGGGCUUCCUGCAGGGUGUAUAUCCUCCUGCCUCGAAGUUGGCUAACACCACCCUUGGCAACGGUACCGUGGUCGACUCGCCGCUGAAUGGCUACCAGCUCAUCCAGCUGCAGACUACUGCCACGAGCUCCAAUAGCGAAGACUCCAGCUGGUUGCAAGGCUCCACUGACUGCUCCAAAGCAACUGUCAGCAGCAACAACUACUAUAGUACUGAUUCUUACAAUGAUCUACUCAAUUCGACCGCGAGCUUCUACAAGUCGCUCUCUCCCGUCCUGAACAGAACUUUCUCGUCGUCUGACAUGAGCUUCGAGAAUGCCUAUACUAUCUUCGAUUAUUUGAACGUGGGCUACAUCCACAACUCGUCCGCGACCUUCCCCGGCAAGUCGGAGUACAUGACUGAUGCCAACCGAGUGCAACUGAAUUCGCUGGCUGGUAUCCACGAGUGGAAUCUGGCAUACAACGCCUCCGACCCAGUCCGCGCCAUCGCCGGUGCCGUUAUCCUCGGCCAGAUCAUGUCCAGUUUCGAUGAGAUCAUCGACACAAAGGGUGCCAAGUCCAUUCUGAACGUCCAAUUUGGUUCAUACGGAACCAUCAUGUCCUUCUUCGGUCUGAUGCAGAUGCCUGCUGCCUCCGCCGACUUCUAUGGCAUUCCCGACUAUGCUUCGUCCAUGGUCUUCGAGCUCGUUACGAAUGCCACUGGAAGCGACUUCCCCUCGAGCGACGAGAUCAGCGUGCGCUUCGCAUUCCACAACGGCACCAUGACCGGCGGGGCAACACCCACUGUCUACCCUAUGUUUGGUCAAUCCAACGAUCUUCUCUCCUACUCUGAAUUUACCUCCCAGAUGGAGAAAGUGGCCGUCACGUCCACCACCCAAUGGUGCGAUAUGUGCGGUAACACCGACGGCAGCUGUGCUUCCUCGACCUCCUCCAGCUCUACUGCCAGCUCAUCGAGCACCGACGGAUCUAGUGGAAUUUCUCGACCCGUGGCCGGUGUCAUUGGUGCCAUGGUGACUCUUGCUGUUAUCCUUGGGUUACAGGCUCUGUUCUUCCUGGUCGGUGGGUUCCGCAUUGCUAAACGGAACAGGGGUGGCCCUGAAAUGGUUACCGCAUCUAGCAUGGAGGCGGACAAGAGGUCCUAA